AUGGCAUCAGAAACCCCCCUAUCCAAAGCCAACACCACCUUCUCCCUGGCUUUGCUCAAAAAGCUGGGCGAUGACGACAACACCAAGAAUAUCUUCUUCUCCCCUUUCAGCAUCUCCUCAGCCCUGGCUAUGGUGAUGCUGGGGUCUGGGGGCAACACAGCCGCACAGAUGUCAGAGGUCCUUUGCUUCACUGAGGCAGAGAAGCCACAGCACGCAGGAGCACAGCAGAUGCAAAUGCUCCAGCAGCAGCAGGUCCAGACCAAAGUGCCACUGCAUCUGCUGAAGUGCCUGAAAACCAAGGAUUGUAAGGAUGAUGUCCAUGCUGGCUUUGCCCAACUGCUGAGUGCAGUCAACAAGGCUGAUGCUCCGUAUGCCCUCAGUGUUGCCAACAGGCUGUAUGGGGAGCAGUCCUACAAGUUUGUUGAGGAUUUCCUGGAAAAAACCAGGAAGCACUACAACGCAGAGCUGGAGUCUGUGGACUUCAUAAGCAGCUCAGAGGCAGCCAGGGUGAACAUCAACAGCUGGGUGCUCGAGAAGACACAAGGUAAAAUUAAGGACGUGCUGGCCAAGGGUGUGGUGGACAACAUGACCAGGCUGGUGCUGGUCAAUGCCAUCUACUUCAAAGGCCACUGGAACAAACAGUUUAAGGUGGACUCCACACGGGACGCUCAGUUUAGACUCAACAAGAAUGACACCAAGCCAGUGAAGAUGAUGCACCAGAAAUCCAAGUUCCCUUUGACCUACAUCCCUGAAGCCAACUGCCAGGUCUUAGAGAUGCCUUACAAAGGAAAGGAGCUCAGCAUGCUCAUCUUUUUACCCAAUGUGAUGGAGGACAGUUCAACAGGUCUGGAGAAGCUGGAGAAGGAGCUGACAUAUGAGAACUUUGUGGAGUGGUCUCGUCCAGAUAUGAUGGAUGAAAUUGAGGUCACGGUUGAGCUGCCCCGGUUCAAGAUGGAGGAGAAUUAUGACUUGAAGAAUGUCCUGGUCAGCAUGGGCAUGGUGGAUGCCUUUGACAUGGCAAUGAGUGAUUUCUCUGGCAUGUCUCCCGCCAAUGACCUGGUGCUGUCAAAAGUCGUCCACAAGGCUUUUGUGGAGGUCAACGAAGAGGGAACUGAGGCAGCUGCUGCCACUGCUGCUGUCAUGAUGCUGCGCUGUGCCAUGAUGCCAGCCACCUUCAUCGCAGACCACCCCUUCCUCUUCUUCAUCCGACAUAACCCGUCCAUGAGCGUCCUCUUUGCUGGUCGAUACUGCUCUCCUGAGUGAGCACAGAGAGGUGUUUCUCAACUGGAAGGGGGGUUACAAUACAUCAAUUAAUGCAAUAGUAUAACAUUUUCUUAGAUAAUACUGGAAGAAUGUUGAGAAUCACCAUUCUGGGGUUUCCUGUAGCUAAUCACAUCCUGAGUUCCCGUCCUAUAUUUUCAACACCAGUAUAAUGAUUAAUAGCUGUGGUGUUGUUUUUUUCUGAACUGUGGCUUCUUGUCUGCCUCACUUUUUACUUCUUGAGUGAUUCUGUGUUUAUCCUGAUCAUUAAAUAAAUUCUUGCACUGUUUAUCUUUUGCACCCAAUCUCAUCCUUAGGAUCUGGUUCACUUUAUGUCUGUAAUACAUGCAUUGCCCUAUUCGCUGCACCCUCACACCCCACCCUAGUUAAUCUAUACCAUUACCAUUAUGUUAAACUUGUCUUAAACUUAACACCCUUUAAAAAAAAUUGCCUUAAUUGCAAUUUCUAUCAUGCCUCUUUUUUCAGCUGCCAGCAGACAUGAACGUUUAUACCAUAUGAAGAUAUGACAGUUGCAAGAUUCUCUGCACUUUAUAUACAGAACAUGCACUUUCAGCAUUUUAUAUAUUCAGUUAACCAAAGAGAAUAAUGUGAUGAAAUCGCAUUGUCAGAUAGAUGUCUUCAAGCAAAGUGCAGUUAUUUGUAUAGACUGCAGACUAAAGUAUAGACUAUAAAGAACAAGAGCUUACAUGAAAGUUGGAACUGGCAUUGAGUCCAGAUCAUUUUUAUUCUUAUCUUUAUGCUUUAACAUGUGGAAUAAAAGUGUGUGGCUCAGAAACA